AUGCUUCGAGUUAACAAGAUGAAUACCACUGUUAAGGAGGUGACCCCAAAAGGAGCUGCUAUUAUGGUGGUAAGUUGCUCUGUUCCAAAUGAUGUUAAUGCUCGUGAUCAGCCAGCUGAGAUUUCUAUGUAUAUACCCACCGCAACAAGGGUUGAAUGUUCACUUGGUAUGGCCCUUGAUAAAUCAGAGGGCACCCGGAGUAACGUUGUGGAGCCAGACAACCUUACAGAGCUAGUGCUUGAAAAUGAGAUGCUAAGGACGAUGGUUGAGACCAAUAGGAAUUUUGUUCAAUGGGCUUUGAACCAUAAAGGUUUGGUGAUUUUGGAAAUGGCCAUGGGUGCAGAACUAGUGCAAGAUUUCUAG